CGCCGUGGUCGCGUGCCGUCUGUAUUCUCUGAUCGAUCGGUUAGAUACGUCACACGUGUCUCGUCAGUCUCGCAACUCUUUACACGAUAGCGGCAGUGAAGGUGUUUCGAUUCGUCUAGUUCCAUCGAAGACUCGGGGAAGAGUUAUUGGAGUCGAAACGAAGCAGAAGCAGGAAUCAAGUUUCGAUCUGGGGGUGCGAUAAAUGCGUCGCUGAAUUCUGACAUCGGGGCAUAUACAUAUGUCCGUUGGAAUUCGACAUGAGUAUAGAAGGAAGGUCGUCCAUCGGGAGAAGAUGACACCGCGACGGUAUAUAUUCGCGGCGAUUCGUCGAGCACUAUUGGCCGCUGGUGUGAUAACGUUGCUGGUGCUGGCCCUCUCGAGCCAGGAUGCCGGCAAUAGCGUGCAGCAAGGCCUUUUGUUGGAGGAAGACGGUAGUCUGACCCCGGAGGAAAGGUUAAUGGAAGAAGCAACGAAUGCUGAAACCGAGCGGCGAUUAAUCGCCAGGAGGAAGUUUCUAGCAGGGAAGUGUGCCGAGGAGGGAUUGGACCGGCCUGGAAACGAUUCCCUUCAUAGACCGAAUGCCUGGGAGUUCCUUGUAAAUAAAGAGUACCGUCUGAUAUGGUGCAACGUCUUCAAGGCGGCCUCCACAUCGUGGAUGUACAAUUUUAAUUUACUCGCUGGAUACAGCCCACAGUUCUUGAAGGCUUCGAAAGCUGUACCAGUUUCUCUUGCGAGGCAAAAGUAUCCUAGAUACACGGCAGAAGAGUUGACCAAGUUCCUAAACGACAGCAUCAGUUUCCUAAUUGUCAGGCAUCCCUUUGAGAGAUUACUCAGCGCUUAUCGGGACAAAUUGGAGCACAGUUUGCCACAUACGUUUCACAGUAAUCUGGGAGCUCACAUUGUCUGGCAUUACAGGUCUAGGGAUCCAAAAGCGAAUGGACGACAUGGUCCAAGAUAUCCACUGUUCGAGGAAUUCGUGCGAUGGUUACUGUGCCAGUGGAGAGCUGGCAACGAACUGGACAUGCAUUGGACACCAGUAGUGAACUUUUGUACACCGUGUCAAGUACGAUUCGAUGUGAUAGCAAAAUUUGAAACACUUCAUGAAGAUCAAGAUUAUCUGAUAAAGCAAGCACGUGUAGGCCACAUCAUUAAGGCAGAGUGGAAGAACCCCACGAGAGGUGUUCAAACAAAGGAUGUAAUAAAGAACUAUUUUGCUCAAUUAUCGAAAUCACAGAUCAAAUACCUGUAUGAAAUGUUUAGGUAUGAUUUUGUGCUUUUCGACUAUUCUCCGGACAAUUAUAUCGCACUCGGGAGAGACGAAGACACUGAACUGAUUUGUAAAAAGUAAUACCAACUGUUUGCUGCAUAGGCAACAAGCACAUU